GCGGUCACAUGACCGGCUGUGUCAAACACACACACACACACACACACAUAACCAUACACUUCGUCUCUCUCUCUAUUUCUCUCUCACACACACACACACACACACACACAGAGCUGUGUUGAACAGCAGAACCGAGCCGCUCACAUCUGAUCCAGAAACCGAAGGAAGAUCCAAUAUCCGGAUCCGAAAUGCAUCACUCAGCGGUUAUUUUUGUUCUGGCGUUCUCCGCAGCCGCCUGGGCUCUGGAUAAUGGGCUGAUGAGGACCCCGCCGAUGGGCUGGUUAGCCUGGGAGCGUUUCCGCUGCGACACCAACUGUCUGAACGACCCCUACAACUGCAUCAGUGAGAAGCUGUUCAUGGACAUGGCUGACAGACUGUCGGAGGACGGCUGGAAAGAGCUGGGAUACGUCUACGUCAACAUCGACGACUGCUGGUCCUCAAUGCAGAGAGACAGUCAGGGCCGACUGCAGGCCGACCCCAAGAGGUUCCCGCGGGGCAUCGCUCAUCUGGCGCAGUACGUUCAUGACCGCGGCCUGAAGCUGGGCAUCUACGGAGACAUGGGCACUCACACCUGCGGCGGAUUUCCAGGAACCACGCUGGACAAGAUCGAGUUGGACGCGCAGACAUUCGCCGACUGGGGCGUCGACAUGCUGAAGCUGGACGGCUGCUACUCAAACUCAUCCUACCAGGAGCAAGGCUACCCAAUGAUGUCAAAGGCCCUGAACGCUACGGGCCGUCCCAUUGCCUACUCCUGCAGUUGGCCCGCCUACCAGGGUGGCCUCCCGCCGAAGGUGAACUACACGGUGCUGGGUCAGUUCUGUAAUCUGUGGAGGAACUAUGAUGAUAUCCAGGACUCCUGGACAAGUGUGCUGAGCAUCGUCGACUGGUUCUUUGAUAAUCAGGACAUUCUGCAGCCCGCGGCUGGACCGGGCCAGUGGAACGACCCCGACAUGGUGAGCGCAUUCAGGGAAUAGCAUUGAUGGGGAAAA